AUGUUUUCCUACUUCUUGUCGUUGAUGAAUGUGGAGAAUAACUUCACCAGCACCUCGCCCCUUCCUUCGUCUAUCAGCCCGGAAAGAGUUAUUGAGAUACUCCACAACCAUGUGACGAUGAUCAGACUGAAUCCGCUGGUCAUCGAUCUCCAACGAUGUGAACCUCACGAGGAUGCACCGGAGGCCGAGCGGGACCUUAUCUGGUACGAGAUUACCGAUAAGGUAUCCUAUCUACCUUUUGGCCUUCUUUCCGGACAGGUCAAAUAUAAGGCUGGUUUUAGGGACCUUCCAAUGGGCCUACAGACCCAUAUAUACGCCCCCUUGGGGCUAAGGACCAAGAAUAAGUGGACUCUUGAAGACCACACGGACGAGUUUCGAUUGAGAGAGGAUGUUGGUAUGAGAUGCAACAUGUUGAUGGCACCGUUCGUAAAAAGAACAAUCAUGGCUUCCCACGGUCCUUUGGUAGACCGGCUGAUUGUUGAAGCCAAGUCACUGGAAAGGGAUAUCGGGUCGCCUAGGUUUCGGUCGGCCUAG